UUAAAGGGAUGGACUCAUUGUUUGUGUGUUGGCUUAAAGUGCAGUUGUGUUGAGCUCAGGGAUCACUGCCUCAGACGCGAAAUGGCUGAAUACUGAACAGUAAAAGAAAAUAUCGAGUGAUUGUUUGACACGAUUGUCAUCACCAGUCAAGAGACCAAACAUCCAGAACAGAGUCAACACCUGAUCGGACAGACAGUCAGUCAGUCAUUUGAUAUCAAGAGGUGAUUGAAGUGAACUGAAGAGUGUUGUCAUCGAUGAAAAACAAUGCAUCCGCGAAAUCUCUCCGAAGACGAUGAGACGUGUUAUGAGUCAAGCGGUGACGGACAUAAUAGUCCCGAACCGGGUGUCAUCUCUGCACCCAUACCUAUACCACAGAGACAGCAACAGAGGAGACGCAAGAAGAAGCGCACAUCGAGUGCCAGUCUUUCGGCCAACACUUUUGUCGAUCUCUAUACUAUGACCGGAGAGUUUCUCGGCGAAGGCGCUUACGCUUCGGUACGCGAGUGCCGUAACAACUAUACGGGAAAGAAGUACGCCGUCAAAGUGAUUGAAAAGAACGGGUCGGGCCAUAGCAGGUCUCGUGUCUUCAGAGAAAUCGAGAUUUUCUAUCACUGCCAGAGUCACAGAAAUAUUAUACAAUUGGUUGAGUUCUUCGAAGAGUCCGACAAAUUCUAUCUGAUCUUCGAGAAGGUGAACGGUGGACCACUUCUGGCACACAUUCAAAAGCGGGUGCAUUUUACCGAAAACGAGGCCAGCCUUAUAGUACGUGAUAUUGCGAAUGCACUCAAGUUCCUGCACCACAAGGGAAUAGCACAUCGCGACCUGAAACCCGAAAACAUUUUGUGUCAUAGCGAGGAUCAGGUCUGUCCUAUUAAGAUAUGUGAUUUUGAUCUCGGAUCUGGUGUUGUACUCAGCGAUUCUUCACCAAUCAGUACACCCGAACUGUUGACACCGGUGGGAUCCGCUGAGUUUAUGGCACCAGAAGUUGUUGAGGCUUUCAUUGGUGAGGCCUCUACUUAUGAUAAACGUUGUGAUUUAUGGUCACUUGGAGUCAUAACAUACAUACUAUUGUGCGGUUAUCCCCCGUUCUAUGGUUGUUGUGGCAGUGACUGUGGUUGGGAAAGGGGAGAGUUUUGUCAGUCAUGUCAAGACCAACUGUUCACAUGUAUUCAAGACGGAACCUAUGACUUCCCAGAGCGCGAGUGGACUUUUAUUAGUGAAGACGCCAAAGAUUUGAUCCGUCAUUUGCUUGUUAAGGACGCGAGUCAGCGCUAUACCGCUGAAAUGGUACUCAAUCACCGUUGGGUGGCCUGUGGCGGUCCGCGCACACUACUUGAAACGCCGCGUGUUAUUCGCCGCAAUAAUAGCGCCAAAGAUUUGGCCGCUUUUGCUGAAAGCGCUAAUGCAAUGAAAAGAUUGGUUCUGAGACACCAAACAUAUAGCACUGACUUCUCAUUCAAACCGCGACUCUUUUCACAUCAUGAGAAUGACGAGUCCGAUGCCAUCUCAUUCAAUACACCUAUAACUCCAACCUCCGAGACGGGCAGUAUAUCGCCACCAACUAUCGGGUCGCCUGCCGUGAAAUUCUUGACCCAAUUACCCACCUUUUCGGAGAAAUGUCUGAUGUCAGCACCCAUAGUAAUGGCCGACUCAAAGAUUGCUCAAAACCGUGUCAUCCGUACGACUCUAAGUCUCGGCCGGAGUUUCGGUGAAACAGAACUAAUAGGUUUCUGAAUUACAAAAUCACAAUUGAAUACACAAAACACUAAAUGUUUUAAUUUAAAGAUUUUCUAUAUUUUUAGAUAUCUCUAAAAACAAAGCUCUUAUAAAUUUAGACACUUUUUCUAUUAAUAUGUUUACAAAACAAAAAUAUGUUUUUCUAUGAGUUUUCAAACUUACGUAUUAUUAUCUAACAAAACAAGAUAUCCAUUAUUAUUAAAUCAAUAAUAGUGGGUGUCUUCACACAUAUAUAUAUAUAUAAUACCGUUCAAUAUAACGUUUUUCUAUUAACAAACAAUUCACUUGUUUAAGAUAAAUAUAUUAUAUAUAUAUAAGAUGUAAUUUUUUAAAAAGAGAGAGAAAGCAAAUAAUUGAUAUAUUUUUAGAAAGUCUGAUAUAAAGGUCCGUUAUAUAUAUAUAUGUGAUUAAUAUUGAGGACCGUCUCUUUAAUCAAACACAUAAACAUUAUCAGUGCUUAUGUGUGUCACUAAACAGUGAUGUAUUUAAAAUCAAUCAAAAAAAAGUACUUCCAAAAUAUUUUUAAAAUAACAACAACUAUGAUUCAACAAUUUAUAUGACAACACAUUUGUAAUUAUCAUUCAUAUAAAUAUCUCAUUUAUAAACAGAGCUUUUUUGUCAAUAGUUCCCAUUUUUUUAUAUAUAUAUAUUCAACAAAAUUAUAUAUAGUUCUUGUUAAUAAUAAAU